AUGAGCGACACUCCUAUCGACCCAAUUCCCUUCGCUGACAAGGCCAUCAAGUUGGACAUUGUUGUCGUUGGGCAUGGAAUCGCAGGGCUUGUCUUCGCUAUUGAUGCGAAACUUCGUGGACAUCAGGUUCAAAUCCUUGAGAAACGACCUGGCUUGGAUGACUUUGUCGACAAGUACCUUGAAUCUCCUAAUCGAGGCGCUGUCGUACUAUCCAAUGGUGUCCGAAUUGAGGCGGACUUGAUUGUGGCAGCCGAUGGAGUCGGGUCCAAGUCUUGGGACUUGGUACGGAACAUCAAGGACCAAGCUAUUGGCGAUGCGGCCCACGCAUUCCUCCCGACGUCCGGCUACGGGGCUUCGAUGGCUAUGGAAGAUGCGCAUUCGCUCGUCGAAUGCCUGUCUCACGUGGAGCAACAAGAUAUUGCUCUAGCACUAAGAGUUCACAAUUGUCUUCGGUUUGAACGAACCGCCUGCGCUCAGAAGAUGGGCUUUAAAGCUAGGGAAUUGUGGCAUAAGACAGACUGGAACUCUCCGAUUGAAGACCCUACAAUGUUCACACGCAUGUGGGCUCCAUGGCUGCUUCAACACGAUCCCGAGGACUACGCGCGAAAGAACUUUGCCACCUGUGCUCAGGAACUUCGCAACGGGGAGCAAUUUCAGAACAGCAACAGCGUUCCUGGCUAUAAAUUCAAGAUGUGGACUGUUCGGGACCUUGCGGAAUCCACAAAUGACGGUCUUGAAGAUGAAGGGGAGUGGUUUGCAACUGAAUAA